UUUAUUAAAAUAUUCUUUGUUGACCCACAUCAAAAGGAAGUCAUGCACCUGAGAAUCAACAUAUAUAGAGAAGAUCAAAUGGCGAACAGACCGUGACUCAGAGAAACCAAAUCUUAGGCAACUCAUUGCUUAUUGUUAACCAUUUCUGUUUUCUGAUUCUAAUGGCUUCUUCUUCUUCUUCCAAGCGCAGAAGGAGCUAUGAUGUCUUUCUGAGUUUUAGAGGCAUGGACGCUCGCAACUAUUUCCUCGGUCAUCUCUACACAGCUCUUGAUCAAAGUGGAAUAAACACUUAUAUGGAUAGUGAAGAUCUAAAGAAGGGAGAGCAAAUAUCACCCGCACUCAUGGAGGCAAUCGAGGAAUCGCAAAUUGCGAUUGUUGUUUUCUCAAAGGACUUUGCCUCAUCACCUUGGUGUUUGGAGGACGUGGCGAAAAUCAUGGAGUGCAAGGAGCAAAGAGGCCUCAUGGUCUUUCCGGUGUUUUACAAAGUGGAGCCUAGAGAAGUGAGAGGGCAGAGACAGGGUUAUGCAGAAGCUAUGGCCAAACAUGAGGUCAAGUUUGGGGAGGAUUCAGAGAAAGUAAAGCGAUGGAAGAAAGCUCUUCUUGACGCUGGGAGCUUGUCUGGAUGGCAUUUUAUGGACGGAUACGAAGCCGGACUGAUACAGGAUAUUAUACAGGAGAUCUCAACUCAACUAGAUCGGAUGCCAUUAGAUGUAGCCACAUAUCAAGUUGGGAUGGAUUCCCGAGUACUAGAGCUUAAAACAAUAUUAAAUCUACAAUCCAAGGAUGAUGUUCUUAUGGUAGGAUUAUGGGGACAAGGAGGUGUAGGGAAGACAACCCUUGCUAAAGCAAUUUACAAUGCUAUUUUUAGAGAGUUUCAAGGUUCUAGUUUCUUGGAACAUGUUAGAGAAAAUUCUAGAAGUUCCAAUGAUUUGGUUCUUUUGCAAGUAAAAUUGCUAUCAGAGCUAACACCGGGGAAGAAAAUAACGGUCUUGAAUGUUGGUGGAGGAAGUCAGUUGAUUCAAGAGAGACUUUGUAAUAAGAAAGUUCUUAUUAUUCUUGAUGAUGUGGAUGAUGAACGCCAGUUAAAUGCAUUAGCCAGAGAUUGUGAGUGGUUUGCUAAAGGAAGUAGGAUAAUUAUCACGACAAGAGAUAAACAUCUGCUAACUUAUCUUGGGGUAGAUCAUAUCUAUGAAGUUAAAACUCUUGAGGAUGGUGAAGCUCUUGAACUUUUUAGAAAGCAUGCUUUUCGAAGAAACCGGAAAAUAGAAAUAAUGCGUAAUCUUGUUGAUAGUGUUUUACAUUAUGCCAAAGGCCUUCCUUUGGCUCUUGAGUUGUGGGGUUGUUUCUUGUGUGGUAGAGGAGAACAUGAAUGGAAAAGUACCCUGCAAAAACUUACUAAAAGCACUAACAAAAAAAUCAAUGAUGUGCUAAAGGUAAGUUAUGAUGGAUUAGAGGACAAUGAAAAGGAGAUUUUUCUCGACAUUGCAUGUUUCUUCAAAGGGCAGACGACAAAGUACAUAAAGAAAAUUCUUGACAGUUGUGAUUUUGAUACAACCAUUGGGGUACAAAUUCUCAUUGAGCGCUCCUUGAUUAGUGAAGAGAAAGGAUAUUUACAUAUGCAUGACUUAAUACAGGUGAUGGGCAUCGAUAUUGUUAAAGAAGAAAGCCGUGAUGAUCCUAGCCAACGCAGUAGGUUAUGGCUUCAUGAUGAUGUUUUCUAUGUUCUAUCAGGAGAUGUGGGAACAUCUUCAAUAAAAGCCAUAGUUUUGAAGCUACCAAAGCCAGAAGAGACAUAUAUUUGUCCUAAUGCUUUCACAAACAUGAGAAAGUUGAGGUUGCUCAUCCUUCAUAAUGUAGAUACUUCUUUCCAAGGUCCCAUUCAUCUCCCUAAUGAGUUAAGGUGGUUGGAAUGGCCUAAUUGUUCCAUGAUUCCAGAAUUUGGCUAUGGUCCAAAUAAGUUAGUUGGACUUGAUAUGCAGAAUGGCAAGAUCAAGCAAGUGCCGGGACAAUUUAAGGACUUCAUAAAACUAAAGUUCAUUAGCUUCAGGGAAUGCCAAUCAUUGGUUUGUAUGCCGGACCUCAAUUGUACUCCAAAUCUCGAGUUAUUGGAUCUUUCUAAGUGCAAAAACUUGGAGCGUGCCCACGAAUCAGUUUCGUAUCACAACAAGUUACAGUUUUUGAAUUUAGGUGAGUGCUCAAAACUCCAUCAUCUCCCUAAUGUGCUCCAUUCCAAGAAUCUUCAACUUCUCAAUCUUAAUGGUUGCUCAAAGUUGCAAAGACUCCCUGAUUUUUCGGAUAAAAUGAAAGGCUUGCAAGGACUUAAUUUACAAGAGACUUCAAUUGAGGGACUUCCUGCGUCCAUAGAAAAUCUUAUCUCUUUGGGGGAAAUGGAUUUAUCUGGUUGCAAGAAAUUGGCAGUCCUUCCGUCUAGCAUUUAUAGGUUGCCAAAACUUGAAUUCUGACGCUUCACGGCUGCUCAAAGCUAGUCAAGUUUCCAAAGAGGGAGGGGGAUUCGAGUGAUCCCCAUAUGAAAAUGGGAUUUCCUAAGUUGAGGUUGCUAGGUCUUGACCAAUGCAAUUUAUCAGAAGUAGAAUUUCUGGAGAAUCCUGGGAAACAAUUUUAAUAACCUUCCUACAUGCAAGCAACAAUAUAAGUUGCCCCAUUUACCUGUUUCGUAUUGUCAAAAAAUACAAGAGAUCCUCGAUAUUCCAGGGCAAUUUCAACGUCAGUGGGCACUUGGCUGCGAAUCUCUGAGUGAAAAACCCUCAUGCCUACGUGACUCUGACCAAGUUGACUUUUAUUC